AGAGAACUCGGUGUAGUCUUUGAUUGAUUCAAAGGUCAAAUGUAACUUUUCUUGGAAUAAUGUGUUAUAUGCACAAACCACUUACCCUAAAGUAGUUUGUGUUACAUUUGUUUCUAUUAGCAACAACAGUACUGGUCCAUUGUCAGAAUUUAAAAAAUUGAGGUGUUUUAAUAAUUCAAAAUAAUAUAAUUUUGGAUUGGGAUGGCUUGGAGAUCUCACGGCAAAAAUAAUUCAGAUCUUGUUAGGAAUUUAAAAUUGAAUGGUAUUAUCAGAAGUGACUCUGUUCAGAAUGCUAUGUUAUCUGUGGACAGGGGUAAUUAUUCCAAAAAUAAUCCCUACAUGGAUGCUCCUCAAUGUAUUGGAUUUGGUGUUACCAUAAGUGCACCGCAUAUGCAUGCUCAUGCCUUAGAACUUUUGAAAGAUAGAUUGGAAAUGGGCACAAGAGCUUUGGAUGUUGGAUCAGGAAGUGGGUAUUUGACAGCCUGUAUGUCUGUUAUAUUAGGCAAAAAAGG